AUGCAGGCUUCGACGAGCCCCCCAGAGGCUGGCGGAGGAUAUACGGCGCGGCGAGGCCAUACGCCUCAGUUGUCGAUUAGCGACCCAAGCCACCAUGUCACCGAAGCCAUCGGGCACAUGUACGACGAUGACUACGAUAAUAAGAGGGAUUCUAGACGACUCAGCUAUAUAUCAUCUCCGUUGAGUGAAUCUAUAUCGAUCGUUCCCCAAACCCGGCCAGCCGAACCUUCUUCUCCACAGUCAUUAAGGGUGCAGAGUGGUUCAGAUGGCGGUCAUCAGCGACUUCCCAACGGGCAAUCCCAGCCUUCUACUCCCAGAACCAAAGCAUCAGAUAGCUCCCCGACCUCUCCAGGAUCAUCCGACACCGCCAAUACGUCCUUCCCCUUGAACGAUAUCGACUAUGAGUCUGACCCACAAGCGGUGGCACAGGAACUCAAUAACCUGGCCGCCAUCCGGCGAAUGUCCAUGGAUGUUACUGCUACCGGCGAUCCCGAUCUCCCAAGCUUCAAUUUCCCGGUUCCUUCGAUAGCGCCCUCUCCCUCUGCCGAUGAAAACGAUACCUCGAGGUUAUUCUGGGUUCCUGCAAGCCUGCACCCGGAGCUGGCUCCGAAGGAGUUCAAGUCAUUUCUUGAGAGUAAAUCGGACCAUAUCAAACGCAGAUCGGGCGAUUUCUCGUCGUUGAGCCCUGACCGUCAAAACUCGAAUAGCUCUCUUACUCGGAAACGGUCUAUGCUAUCAAAACAAAUUGACAAUGGCCAAGGUUAUACGGAUGGUGCUGAAAGACUAGAACGGAAGCGGUCACAGACUAGAGACCCUCCGGGGCCGAACCUACACGAGAUAGGAGAUCUGGUGAACGAUACGGCACAGCGGACUCCGAGUACCUCGUCCUUAUUAGAAAGCGUUCAAUCUCUUAACAUCACAACCGAGGACGAUAAGCCAAUUUUACCACCUGCGCCACCAGGCCACAGCCUCAGGCGGUCUACGAGAACUCAGUAUCGGAAGGCGGGCAGCUUAAAGAAGGAACGUCCUUCUCUUGGUGCAAGGAGGACGGGCCGAACCUCCGGGUCGAAGGAUACGCUAGAGUCGAUCGUUGGAUCAUCCAGUCAGGAACCGAUACUAGGCCUGACUCGCGUGUCAACUGACCCAACCCCGAGUGUCACGCGUGCUCAAGCCUUGGCUAAGUCCCAGGGCUCGGCGCAGCAGCCGCUUCCUCCCACAGCCCCUCCAGGUACUACGUUUGAUUCAAUACCGGAAGACUCGCAACAUACAAAGGAUGGAUCGCACGGACAGCCGUUAACCGACUCUGUAAACCGGGUGAAUGUGCCUCAGCAACCUCGCCAAUGGGAUUCUCACGUUGAUUCGAAUGAACGGGCAGCUUCUGUGGCUCAAGAUCAAAAGAUUCCGGAGAUUGUUGAAACACCUCCAGCCGAGUUCCAUGCGACUCCGUCAUACAGCUCACAGCCUAACCACGUCCCACCACGUGUAUCAAGCCAUGAUCCGCCACGACAGCACAAGGCGGAAAGCAAGCACCCACUGGCAUCUUCGGGGCACCACAAAGAGUCGGCAUCAACCUUGAACGAGUUUGCCAGCAAUCCACAGGCGUUACCAGGCAAUAGCACCCGGACAGACAGUCUUUCCUUUAUCCCAACCUUGUCGGAAGACCGAAAAUCAGAAUCGAAGAAAAACAAGGAUAAAAAGGAUUCAGAAGGUGGACGCAAAUCAAGCUGGCAUUGGUUUCUGGGCUCGGAGGACAAGGAUAAGGAGAAGAAGAAGGAUAGUGACUCCAAAAAGAUCAAGACGAAGCUGGUGGACAAGGUGCAUGACGCAGCAAGUGUUCUUCCAGCUUCCGGUGAAAGCCAACGGCGCGAAAGUGCUAUUUUCGAUCGAAACCAUGACUCGAAGCUGGAAGAAGAGCGGAAGAAAGACAACGCGCGAAGAUCAUCAGCAGAGAAGAAAGAAAAAGAAUCCGGUUUAUUCUCUUCCAUUUUCGGUGGUGGCAGGAAGAAGAACAACGAACACCAUCACAAGAAAAGCUUGUCCCGGACGCUAUCUCCUGAGCCCCCAGUCCGCGUGCUCCAGCCCGAUGUUGACUAUCCCUGGACCCGAUUCUCAAUAUUGGAGGAGCGAGCCAUUUACAGAAUGGCUCAUAUCAAGCUUGCAAAUCCUCGGCGUGCUCUUUACUCUCAGGUGCUCCUCAGCAACUUUAUGUACUCGUACCUUGCAAAGGUCCAGCAAAUGCACCCGCAUAUGAUGCUUGCAUCGUCAGCAUCACAGCGGCAGCAACAAAAAGCUAGAGAGCAGUCUGAAGAGUAUCUGCAGUACCAGAGGUACCAAGAGUCCCAGGAUCAACAAUAUGGUGACAACUCCUACGACGAUUCUCAAAUGUAUGAUUACGGCGAUGAUUCGCAUAAUUACCAACAAGAUUCGCGAGGGAGCAAACACCAGGGCUACGACAACGGAAAUGCAUAUGGGCCUGGCCACUACCAAUACGGGCAUAUGUCGUUUGGUGACGAUGUGCAGUUAGAUGAUGAUGACGAUGACAUGUGGUGA